GUAAAUCACGUGAUAUUUAUUGCUUAAAAGAGAUGACUGAACUGUGAGACAACACAGCUUUUUGAUCACACGGAACAACAGUCACAAAUACAAUGAUCAACGGAUUGUUGCCGAGGGUCAAGAUCAUAAAAUAUCGGACCGCUAGUGGACUUGAUGUGCCUUUCGGGCUCCAUGAUACUUUUGUGGUAUCAACGAAAACCGUUUACUGCAUCUUGACAUCCUGAGUCAAGGGGCAGCUACAUAACUUGCCGAUCAGUACUUUGAUCCCGCAGGUUACCUGUACUUACAGCGAGUUCCCAGUUCUCCUGUUUCCUAAUAACGGACCAACAUGGGUAGAUACUCCGGGAAAACAUGCCGCCUCAUCUUCAUGCUUGUCAUUACCUCCGUUUUCAUGGUUGCCGAGCUCAUUUCGGGCUACGUGGGCAACUCCAUCGCUUUGGUAUCAGACUCCUUCAACAUGCUGUCGGACACGAUUUCACUGUGCGUUGGCAUCACGGCGAACGUUGUCUCUCGGCGGCAGGUUAACGGGCCCCAUGUCACUUACGGUUACCGGCGGGCUGAGGUGGUGGGCGCCCUCUCGAACGCUGUCUUCCUCACUGCCCUAUGCUUCACAAUUUUUGUGGAAGCUGUGAAACGGCUAAUCGACCCUCAGAAGAUUUCGGACCCUGAGCUUAUUCUCAUUGUGGGAGGGCUGGGACUGCUUAUUAAUAUCAUCGGUCUUCUUAUCUUCCAAGAUUACAGCUGCUGCACAAAGUCCCACCUGGAGGAGCCGGUGGAGGGAAAAGACGGCGAAGCAGGUGACACCUUGACAGCUGACCCUGAUGACGUGCUAGCGAAAAAGAAACCUGCAAAAAACAGUCAAGCUCUGAAUAUAAGAGGUGUACUGUUGCAUGUGCUCGGGGAUGCCCUGGGCUCAGUGGUGGUAGUUGUGGCUGCCACUAUUUUCUACAUAUUACCAGGAGAAGGUGACUGCGACUGGAGGUGCUAUGUAGAUCCUGGUCUGACAAUCAUUAUGGUAAUAAUUAUUCUGUCUUCUGCAUUCCCACUGAUCAAAGAGACAGCAAGAAUCCUGCUUCAGAUGGUUCCAGGAGGGGUUCAAGUAGAGAAGCUAGGUGAAAAGCUGACUGGAAUUUCUGGAGUGAAUAGCAUCCAUGACUUGCAUAUCUGGCAACUGUCAGAAGGAAGAAAUAUUGCAACCCUUCAUGUAAAGUGUCAAGAUUCCUCUGUGUUUGAACUGGCUUCUGAUGAGAUCCGCACAGUUUUCCACAGUAUUGGCAUACAUGCAGUGACUAUACAGCCUGAGUUUGUUAAAGACAAAGACAAUGUGUUGUCCUGCAACUCCCCCUGCAUUUCAGAAGAAUGCAAACCACAUUUGUGUUGCAACCAACAACACGGUCCUGUGGCUGAGUCAAACGGUUAUGAUUCUAGCCUUUCACCUACAGGAAUUGUAAUCGCUGGUCAUACUACAGGGAAAAUGGAGAUAGCUAAGAAUGCAGAUGAAUGUAAUGGAAAGGUAAAUUUGUAUGAGGAUGUCAAGGCUGAUGAAAAGGGCUAUGAAUCUGACCAUACUAAACAUGAAUUAUUCCGUACACUGAGCACCCACCUGUAACUGACUGCCUGAAUUUGGGACCAAAUGCACUGCCUUGAUUUGAACUGUGAAACAUAAAUAAGGACUACUGGUUAGACCUGAAAAUAUAAUUAAGUACUAGAUCUACAGAAUGUUUAUGUGUACAUUAUUUGUAAAUCAUGCCUUUGCUUUGAUCCCUGCAGUGCAGAAAAUAUUUCACUUGUAAACCUACUUUGAAUGUAGGGCUGAAGCGACUUGAACUUUGUGUAUUCUGUCAGUGAUCGUAGAUGGGCUAGAAAAGAUGCCUUAGCACUUUUGGGGUGUUUUACUUUUACUUGACCUGAGUUUCAUCCUUACAGACACAUUGUUUGCUGUGACUUGUUACUUUCCAAUACCUUGAAAAGCUAAAUGACAGUUAUAUAUUUUGCAUUAGUUAUCUGUGUUGCAUUAGUUAAGAUUUAAAUGAACACCAUUGCUCUAAUCUCUUUUACAGUAGCUGAAAUUUACAUGAAAGUCAAUACCUCUGGAAUUUUUCUUCCCAGCAGAGCCUAAAUGCAGAUCAGAAAUAGUGGAGUGAAUACAGUAAUCAGAGUCCCUAGCAUGUAUUAUCCGAAUAUGAUUCCAGAUCUUGGUGUGAUGCAGUAGUCAUUCAGUUGUUUGACUGCAGGCAUAGCCCUGCACAAAUAAGGAAACACUGUAUUUUUAGUAGAAUGUGUAGAACAUUACCCACUUAAUGUCACAUGCAUAGUGCAUGACAAAAUUAAUUGGUUUCUUGCUUUUAUGCACAAGUGAAAAGUACACAUGUAAACAAGCAUACUUGAUAUUUUUUCCUACAUAUUCAAAGAACAUAUGCAAAAAUGAAAGAAAAAGAAGUUAGUGCAUCUUCUGGGAUUUGAAUCAGCACAACUGAAAAUAUUCUGAUUACACAACCUGAAUUUGUCGACAUUUGCUAUUCUUUUUAGUUUCACUUUUUUUAUAUAUAAUUCCAAGACUCUCUAUUAUAGAUCUUAGAAUUACAACAGGGAUCCUUAAUGUCUAUUUGUGGGACUACAGUGCAUGUUUAAAAGUCAACAACUUUAUGAUAAAAAAUUAGCCUUACAAAAGGGGGGUUGACAUUAUACAUGAGUAAUAUGGUAUCCUGUUUUUUCUGCAAUGUGACAAUCAUAAUUAAAACAUAAAAUAUUAAGUGAAAACCAAAUUCAAAACAAACAAGGCUCUUUGUGAUCAUGCUCAUCUCACUGGUAUUGAUCUCCUUUGAAAAUUGUUUUCCAUAGGGUGUCACUGCCAAUUAACAUUUAUGAACUACACCAGCAGUGGUUGCAGUGCCCUGUGGUCUUUUCUCCUUUCCCAGAUUUUGUGGAAUUGUUGAGGAGUUUCAAAAACAAAUUAAAAAUGUUUGUGGGGUUGAGUUCUUUAUGAGUUAUGCUGACCAUCAAGAACUCAAAGUGUUCAAGCGUGCCUUAACAAUUCUUCAGUGGAAUUGCAUGCACUUUUAAAAAAAUGGCCAUGAAUCAUUUUUCUUACUGUGUUUAAAUGGUAUUUUUUCAUGCAAUUGCUUAUUCUACACAACGAAGUGAAAAGUGAGUAAGGCAUGACAGUCAUUAAAAUAUAAAUGUUUUUUUCUCUUGAAACUUUAUGCUUUAAUGACUGUCGUGCUGCUAAACAAUUGCAGUGUACACUAAUUGCUUGAAGCAGUAGAGGUCAGACAUAGUGCUGCACAGGUGGCAGUCCUUGACUCCAUCUUUUGAAGUAAAUAAACUAACGUGAAGUGUCAGCAAAGAAUGGCAAUCAUUAAUACAGAAGUAUUAAGUGAAAAAAAUAUUUUCUAAUGACUGUUAAUGCCGUACUGAAUCUUCAUAUAAUUGUAUGCAGUUAACAACUACAUGAAGCAUUAGUGUUUAAAACACAGUGAUCUCUUACCCAUUUGUUGAACUGCAUGCAAUUAACUGAAGUGCCAAUAAGGUGCAAUAGUCACUAAAACAUGAAGUACUAAGGGAAAAAAAUGGUUUUGCACAUUUUAUAGCCCACCCCACCGUCUGCUGACCAUUUGAAUUAUUCAUUAAUCUUCAAUCCCUGGCAUGAGGCCUGACUAGGAACAGUCAUCAUUACAACAGCUAUUGGGGUGGUUUGUAUUUUUUCCUUUUUUUCCCUGGCUUAGCUGCAUGCUCUGGGCUAAGCAGUGGGGAGGGACAUGCAAUGGCCUGUCUGUGGAGGACAUCCUGUCAUUCCACAAGGGAAGCUCCCCCCAUGUGGACCUGCCCCUCCUCUACAGUUACAAGGUGUGGUCUUAUCAGUUUCCACAAGGGAGAUUGCACCACUCAGUCUGCUCCCAAGUGUUUGCAAACCCCUCCCUCAACAGAGAAAGGCGAGCAAGCCACAUCCAUCCAUUCUUUUCACUUCUUACUACUAAGGAAAAAAGAUAUUUUUAUGUUUUAAUGCCUUACUGCUAAUCCUUUCACCAACACAGCCCAAAGAUUUAUAUAUAGCCAAUGAAUUUUAAUGGGUUUUUGGUCUCCCACUUGCACUUCAAUUUAUCUAUAAGAUUUACUUAAACACAAUUAUGUAUGUCAAUCCUCUUGACGGCUUUUGUUAUUCCUUAGCUUUGCCCAGUGUGUGCAGGUAAGACACGAGAGAAAAGGGGAAAAAAACAAACUUAGAUACCUCAGUCUUAGUAAUUACAGUGAACAUUUCUUACUACUUCAUGUAGUCGUUUCUAACCUAGCUGUGUACCACAACCUGCUUUCUUGGCCUUUUACUUUCUAACUUCCAAGACGGGUUCACUAGAGAGCAGAAAUGUGAGUCUUUUUUCAGAGUUGAGGUAUGAUAUGUUACAGUAUAUAUAUAUACCAUUGUUACAGGAUACUUUAGUGUUGUGUUGUAAGAAAUUAGCAUAAAUUCACAAGAGACAUCCAAAAGCAUGGUAUUUCUUUAGCCAUGCAGCUAUGUUUGUUAUGGUUCCUGUGUACAUGUCAUGGUUUAUAUAGUGGCAGAAGUUUGACUCCUCACAUCCUAUGAACCAUUCUGUAGCAUUUAUCCCCAGUGGGAGAAUUUAAGCAGGAGUGAUGAUUGUCAGUUCUGAUGGGAUCAGAUGACAUCAGAAUGGGUAAAUGGUAACAUUCAAUGUUUUUUUUUUCAUACUUGACACUGCAAGAGAUCAGCUUUUGACAUUUAUUUUCAGUAAAACUAGAUAUGACUGAUAAAGUUGCAUUUGUUUAGCAUGCAACACUGAAACACACAUAAAGGCAAACAUCACUGUAUCUUCUUUGUAGAAUAAGCAGAUUAUUUUGAUUCUUUUUUUUUUGUUUAAACAAAAGUAUUUAUGAAAAGAGGCAUUAACUAAAUUUUGGAGUAUUAAUUAAUCCACUACAGAACCCUGUAUCUUGUAGAUUAUCAUCUCUUCACUGACAUCUAGUGGUAAAUGUUUGUAUAGCACAUCUUUCACUAAAUGGAUUAAGUAUGUUUCCUUUCAGAGCUAUUGCUGGAAGUACAGUUCAUAGUUCCAGCAAUCGUAGGACUAUUGUUGUACCUGUUAUUAUUCCACAGGAAUCUUAGAGUUGUGUCUGAUCAUUACAGUCUAAAAGAUGUAGAAUAUUAACAGGUAUAUUCCUGUUAUAAAUAAGAACUCUGCAUUCUGUGCUCCAGACAUGUUGCUGAAAAAGUGUAAUGUUGCACUUGGUGUUGGCUUACUAGUGAACAUGCUCCAACAAAAAACGAGUAGUAACCCAUUGGUUACUAGUGAACAUGAGAUAUGCAUAUUUUAAGUAUGUUUCUUCUCCAUCUAGUUAACUUAUGCUUUGGACACACACAUGCACGCACGCACACACACACACACACACACACACACACACACACACACACACACACACACACACACACACACACACACACACUAUGUUAUUAAAAAGUGAAAAAGGUGAAAGUGUGUAGUGCAUACCAAGUAACAUACAUUGGAUGUUCUCUAAUUUGCAGUGUGAUGUUCUUAGUUUAUUAUUUUCCCAUUACCUAUCUCCUGCUGAUCAGUCAGAAGUAGAACAAAGUUUAGGGACAGGUAACAAGUGAGAUUUCUUCAUUAAUGUUACCAAUAUGGUGCUGCAGCUUUUUCCUCUAGUUUGCGAAAUGCAUACAUUUGCUAAUGGAUAUUUAUUUUCUGUCUGCACUCUGAAGGUAUCAUGGUGGUAAAUUAAACUGCCAGUAUGUGUUAAGUAGCAAGUGCAUAGGACAACUGCUAACAGAAAUAGGCAAGCAGAGUUUUUUAGUUGUACUUGGGGGAAGGAUAGAUAUAGGUGGAAUUAUCUGAGCAGAGGUGUAGACAGCAGUGGAAAAGUAUGCACUAGUAAAUCCACGAUAACAGCUGUAUACAGAGCUUAAAGCCAUGCAGAAGAAUUCUGCGUUAACUGUACUCAGGGUCAAACCUUUGCCUUAGAGGUUAGCACUUUCCAUAGGAAACCCACAAAAGGUGUACUGAAUAUGGAGCACUUUAUUUUCUUAAAUAACAAUAUAUUUUUUAAUGGUGUGGACCUCAUUCUUUUUGGGAUAGGGAAUGUUUCUGUCAAUUUUUGUUCACAUGCUAGAUUAUUCAUGCUUAACAUUAUAAAGAGCAUCAGUAAAUCCAUUUGGAGAUUAGGAAAUUUUACUGUGAAAUUAUAACAUUUGGCUAAAUUUGUAGCAGUUUAGAUGUGCUGGGAAGGUAUGAUGUGGGAUGUUGCUUUAUAUUUCUGUUUGUUGCAUCAGCUUGGUAGGGCUGUAAAUGUACAUUUUAGUAGACCCACUUUCCAUCACACCUGUACUGCUUAUUAUAUAUGUGGAUCUGAUCAGAGAAAUAUAAUCAUUAAAGUUGUUCUUUGUUUCAUUUACUUGAUAUUUACUGUUCUGUUAAACUGCUUGCAGUGUUUGCAGUGCACUUUAUGUGAAUACCACACAAGCUGUGUAGUCUGGUAGCUCAGUUUUAAAAUGAUAAUUACUGUUUUACACAAAACAGCCCAGAUACAGUACAGCAUUUCUUGGCUGUUAAAUCUUCUCAUUCUAGGUGUGAACACUGCUGAAAUAAGUUGAAUAAUGUCCGAGUUGCAUGUAUCUAUCAGAUUGCCAUGCACGCUGUGUGUGACAUUGUAGCAUUUGUCAGGUAUUGUCAUUUUAGCCAGUUGUUGAAGUGUACAUGUUUAUGACCAGAAACUGAUGUAGGGCUACAGUAUAACCAUUUUUUAUGAUAAUUACUAUAUUCCUUUCUUGUCACUUUAUCCAUUUCCAUGUUCACCCCACCGCUGUCGAAUCUCUCAUGUUAGUCUUACCUUGCUUUAAUCUAGGCUGCUUUCCUUUCCUAUAUUCUGUCAAUGAACUUGUUCCUUGUUCCCCUGUGGUUGGAAGUUACAAAUCAGUGCAAUAUGGGACAGGAAGUCAGAACUGUCGCCUGUUGUAUACUUCAGUAACGUAUGACAAAUGCUAUGCAAUCUUCACUCCUUCUCCUGCUACAUCAGCCAUCAAGGAAUGCGACAUUAUUAAUCGUUUUUACUUUCAGUACUUUUGUAAUACACAAAGUGUGAACUUACAGGAGGGCAUUACAUUUGUUUUCUGUGAGCAGUAGCAGUGGAAAAGUCUUUGGUAACUAAAGGUUACCUGCUGUAGCAAACAUUCAGAAACCCAAAGCUGUACUGUUUUUUCUGCAGCUCUGAUUACAUUGUUAUGUUUUAUUAGAAAUAGCAUAGGUAAAUUCUGCUAAGCAGACUGCAUUAACAGAAAUUAUAAUGAUAUCAAAUGCACUUAAAAUACCAUGAAGACAGUAUAUAAUGUUAGAUGAUCAUUAAAUAUUUAUGUUGAAUAGUGUUAGACACUUUAUUGCCAUAAUUUCAUUUUCAUAGCUGUAUAACAUUUCCUUCACAGCCUAAGCUGAAAUGCCAAACUUAAGGUGACAGAUGGACCAAGGUGCAUGGAACUGCCUCUGUAAUUUACCCAAUUAAUGUGCUCAUGCUCUGGAUACCUGAAUCCAUUAAACAAUGCUUAACACCCAAAGUGGUAUCAGGGCUUGAUGAUUCAGAACAGUUCAAUGUAUCUUUCCUGGUCAAAGUUUUAAUAUAAUUAAAAGCUAUCAAAUCAG